CCAGUGAUUGCUUCUGUUUCUGACGUAGGGGGAAGGAAGUAAGUUGUUAAGUAAUGUUUUGAGAAGAAAAUUUAACGUGUUCUUGUUAUGAGCUUUUGAAAUUGAUAAAGCUCAAUGCGGAUUGUUCACCAGGACGACAGCAGAAAUAUGAAAAGUGAAGUCCGCAAAAGUCACCACCAUAGUCGUCAUCGCCAUCAUGAGCGCCAUUCUAAACAUAAACGACGGCAGGAGAGUUCAUCGAAAACCGCCACUGAUGACGCAUCCCCAGCUCCUGUUCCGUCAGAUACGUCUGGAAGUGAGAGAUGUUUUCCUGUUGCCAAGGACCAAUGUGGUGCUAGUGGCAGUGAAUCUCCCGAAAACGUUGCACGGAAACGGCGACAAAGGGACGGUGAAAACACGCGUUGUGAUGUGAUGACAAUUUCAAUUAGUGACACUGAUAACGACGCAGAAGGAGAUGAAGAGAAAGCCAAGAGAAGAAAGAAGCACAGGCAUAAAGAAAAAAAGAAGAGAAAACAUUGCAGGAAACAUAGGCUGGACGACGAUCACACAGCUAAUCAUUUAAGUGAAUCGCGAAGGAAACGUGAUGGGGAAACUGAUAAUGAUCAUUCGCCUGAUCAUCAGCAUGAACAACAACAGAUGCUAGUGAGAGUGAAACAGGAGCCACUAAGCAGUGAUGAAGAGACAAGACGCCGUCAAAGAGCAAAGGACCUGAAACAAUCAGCAGACGUUAACGACAGGAACUGGCAUUCCAACAGCAGUCACAACAAUUUGAGGCCAGACCAUCGUAUAAAGGAGGAACCCCGUGAUCGCUCUAGUUCUGGUGAGCGAAAGCCCCACCCAGAGCUACUUAGACGUGUUAAGCCAGAGAGGAGGAAUGGAACCAGUGAAGAUCACCGCAGACACCGAGAUCGGAGGAAUGGCCGGGUGAACGGUGAAUCGUCAUCAUCCGUAAAGACUGAAAGGGAUGAUGAUUCUCGUUCGAGGAGCAGGACCAGAAGACGGAGGAACGAUGAACAGGAGGAGCGAUCCAGGGACCAUGUAGGUGAUUCACGGGAAGGUCCUCGCCGAAUAAAACGUGAGCGUCCCACCGAAGACGAGAGAGAGUACGAGUGGGGCAAGUCUGACAACAAACAGGCUGCAAAUAACAACUCUGGAGGCCCUUCCUCAGCUGAGGAUAAGAAGAAGCCAAACUUUGGCCUGUCGGGGAAACUGACAGAAGAUGUCAAUGUUUACAAUGGUGUUGUUAUCAAGUACAGCGAGCCUCCAGAAGCUCGCAAGCCGAAACGUCGGUGGCGAUUUUACCCAUUCAAAGGCGAUGAGGCAUUGCCCACACUGUACCUUCACAGACAGUCUGCAUUCCUGAUUGGCCGUGAUAGAAAGGUGGCUGAUAUCCCUGUGGACCACCCAUCGUGUUCGAAGCAGCACGCAGCCCUGCAGUAUAGACUUGUGCCUUUCACUCGAGAAGAUGGAACAAAAGGCAAGAGAGUGCGACCGUACAUCAUCGACUUGGACUCUGCUAACGGCACGUACGUGAACAAUAAGCGUAUUGAGGCACGGAAGUAUGUGGAACUGAUGGAGCGAGAUGUUAUUAAAUUUGGAUACAGCUCAAGAGAUUAUGUUUUGUUACACGAGCACAGCAAAGGCGACGAAGAAGACGACGAUCAGAAUGGGUAGUCACAAAUGGCUGUCCGGGAGAUACUUUGAAGGAAGGUAGUUGCCUGUUUUAUUGAACUGGUUAGUUAACGUUUACUUGAAUGGGUGAAAAAAAAGUGAUUCAUUUGUUGAUAUUGUUGAAUGAGCUCCAUUCAUCUAGACCACUUUGUCAUAUUGUGCCCACUAGGCAAAAAUUUCCACUGAUUAAUGACAUCGCUAGACUGCCUCAUUUUGUAUCACGUUGGUUGUGAUUCAUCAGAAUCGGUCAUUAAACCUCAACAAUGGCA